AAGAAAAUCCAUCGGGGGUUCUCUCAGGUGGAUUCUGUUUCUGUAUAUCUUCUUCUUCCUAAGCGACCUCUGCUCUGCUUUUGCUCUGCCCUUCUCCAGUUCCCCUCCCUUUCCGAACCUUCGUUACAUUACAUAGUUAGAAGAGAAGAGAUUAGAAGAGAAGAGAAGAGAAGAGAAGAGAAGAGCUUAAUUUUGCGUUUUCGUUUGUGUUCGUGGUGUGUUAUUAUUUAUUUCCGAUGAAAAAGGAUAAUAACGCACCACAACUACAACAGCAGAAGAAUAAUAAGAUCGAUAAUAAUAAUAGUACAUGGGAAUAUCUCAUCACCAUGGUGAGCCAUAGCAUGAAGAUCCCAAUUACCUCUUCAAACCCAUCAUCUCCCUUCUCCCUCCCAAAAUUCAUCGUUUGGCUCUUCGCCUUCAUCUCCAUCGCCUACUUCUUCUACUCCCUCAAAUUCGCCUUCUCCCCUCCCCCAUGCAUCCGCCCCUCCGAAGACGUCCUCAGUUUCAGUAUCCUUCGCCCCCACCAGAAGACUCUCGGCCAGGUCCCUCGGCUUGAGAUUGACAAGGAGAAGACGGGGUUGCAGCACCUGGUGUUCGGGAUCGCUGCCUCCUCGAGGCUGUGGGAUCGGAGGAAGGAGUACAUCAAGCUGUGGUGGAAACCCCAGCACAUGAAAGGCAUCGUUUGGCUGGACCUCCCCGUCAAGAACAACACCGACCGGCGUCUCCUGCCCCAGCUCUUGAUCUCCACCAACACUUCAAGUUUCAAGUACAGCAACCCGAGGGGGCAUCGGUCGGCAAUACGGAUAUCGAGGAUUGUGUCGGAGACACUGAGAGCGAUGAGGUCGAGGGGGCAGGAGGAUGGCAUGAGGUGGCUGGUGAUGGGGGACGAUGACACAGUCUUUGUUCCGGAGAACCUGAUCCGGGUGCUGUCCAAGUACGACCACAGUCAGAUGUACUACAUUGGCAGCUCCUCGGAGAGCCACCUCCAAAACAUCUACUUCUCCUACAACAUGGCCUUUGGGGGCGGCGGGUUUGCCAUCAGCUACCCGCUCGCGCGGGCGUUGGAGAGGAUGCAGGACCGCUGCAUCAGAAGGUACCCGGGCCUCUACGGUUCGGAUGAUCGGAUCCAGGCCUGCAUGGCGGAGCUGGGCGUUCCACUGACCCGAGAGCCAGGCUUCCACCAGUAUGAUGUGUAUGGGAACCUGUUUGGGCUUCUUGUGUCGCAUCCAGUGACGCCUCUGGUCUCGCUCCACCACAUAGACGUGGUUGAGCCCAUAUUCCCCAACAUGGGCCGGUUGCAGGCGCUCCAACGCCUAAUGAGCCCAAUGAAAUUGGACUCUGCCGGGCUCUUGCAGCAGUCCAUUUGCUACGACAGGACCCGGAGCUGGACCGUAUCUGUCUCGUGGGGCUACGCUGUCCAGGUACUCCGAGGCAUAUACUUGCCCCGGGACCUCGAGAUUCCCUCCCGCACGUUCCUCCAUUGGUACAAGAGAGCGGAUCAGACCGGGUUCUCGUUCAACACCCGGCCCGUCAGCAGGAACCCCUGCCAGAAGCCAUCAGUGUAUUUCCUGUCCAAUGCUCUCUAUAAUCCGGGUAAAAAUGAGACCGCCAGCGAGUACGUCAGGAAAUGGGCCUCGGACCCGAACUGCAAGUGGAAGAUGGCCGACCCGUCGAGGAUCCAAAGAGUGGAGGUGUACAAGAAACCUGAUCCGAAUCUUUGGGAAAAGGCUCCAAGGAGGAAUUGCUGCAGGGUAAUGCCCACGAAGAAGGGGAACACUAUGGUGAUCAAUGUGGGAGUUUGCGGAGAAGACGAGGUUGUCGAAUUAUGAUAUAUAUAUAUAUAUAUAUGUAUCAUAUCAGAUUGUUGAGCCUGCCGUGCCGUGCCCCCUCCCAUCAUUAAACGACUUAAAUUGGUGGAAAUCGGCCGCCGAUUUAAUCGGUGACAUCGAUCACUCAGCUAAUUACUAUGCGUCGUCUAAAAUCAUGAUUAAGCCAUUUUACUUAUCCUUUUUAUUAGGAUACCAUCGCAUUAUAUAUAUAACUUAAUUACCCAAAAAAAAUACGACAUUUACAAUA